AUGUAUCCAAAAGUUGAAAUUCUAAAAGUCCUGGUCUAUAACUCUUCCGUACCCGGCGGCGGCGUGGGAAAUAACAUAAUAAUGGUUUUCAAGUAUAAACGAAAAACAGAAAGAGCCCAAGGAUGGGACGAAAAUAUAAUGAAUCGCGCAAUAAAUUCAAUUAACCAAAGAGAAACAUCUAUUCGCGGUGCUGCAUUAAAGCAUCCUCCAAAAAAAAACUCGGACGGUUUAGUUUAG